AACGCUAACAACUCUCACCCUGAUGGGUGGCAUCGAAAGCGAGGCUCGGGGCCGGGUACGUGCCUGAUCUGCCCUGCCAAGUGGCAGAGGGAGCGCAGGGCACGGCAGCGGCCAGGGGACCCAGCGAGCACCUUCCUUACCUGGUUUGACCGGUUUGGGUGGCGGCUUCGACAUCUCUCUUCCUGGAGCGGCUGAUUCUAAAGACCACGCACGAAAAGCCAACCGAAUGCCCCUCCAGCCGGCACUCCGGGCGCCUCAGAGUUUCUUUAUGUCUGGUUUGCAGUGGUGCGCCUUCAAGGACCUGCGUCCACCCCGGGAAGCCGGAUGAGCAGAGGCAGGCAGAGCAGCUCGGCGAAGUGCCCCGCCCCGCCCCGCGGCCGACAGAGCUGUCCAGAGCGCGCAGCCGGGCAGACGAGGAAGUAGCCGCUGCCUCGCGGAGCGCUAAUUGGCUCCCCGGCUGCCAGCUUCGCCGCUGCAGGAGCGCGGGCGGCGCGCACGGCGGCGCGCACGGCGGCGCGCGCGGCGGCCGAACCAGCGGGAGCCGAACGGGGGCGCCGCAGGCUCGCGCCGGGGCCGGCCUGGCUGCGCGCGCGCCCCGGACGGGAAAGGGCUGGACUGGGCAGGAGCGCGCGCGCGCAACCACGCUCGCCGGAAUCCCGCCCCAUCCAACGCCGGCCGGAGCCGGGCGCCGCGUCCGCUCAGGGUUGGGCAGAGCCCUAAGUGGCCACCUCUACCCUGCGUCGCCUCUCACCCGGGAGGGGCACGGGAGAAGGGGCCGUGGGCCUCUCGGUUAACGAGCUUCGGGGGUUGCGGCGGGUUAGUGACAGGCGCGCUUGGCAAUAGCCUGUGCCGCUUUGCUUGGGACCACUCGAACUGGCGCCCGCAGAGUUGAGCAGCUGCCCGCAACGCCAAAAACAUUUACCAUCUAGCACUUUGCAGAGCAAGUUUGCCGACCCCAGACCUAGCCAACUGAAUUUCCACUGAGAGGAAGACGUGAUUUUCAAAGCUAAUUAUGAAAACAUUUGUCAUUGGAAUCGGUGGUGUGACAAAUGGUGGGAAGACAACACUGGCUAAGAAUUUGCAGAAACGCCUUCCAAACUGCAGUAUCAUAUCUCAGGAUAAUUUCUUUAAGCCAGAGUCUGAGAUAGAGACAGAUGAAAAUGGAUUUCUUCAGUAUGAUGUGCUUGAAGCACUUAACAUGGAGGAAAUGAUGUCCGCCAUUUCCCGCUGGAUGGAAAGCGCAGCACACCCUCUGGCAUCAAGAGACAGGGGAAACACUGAGGAAAUUCCCAUCUUAAUUAUCGAAGGUUUCCUUCUCUAUAAUUACAAGCCCCUUGACACUAUAUGGAAUAGAAGCUAUUUUCUGACCAUUCCGUAUGAAGAAUGUAAGAGGAGGAGGAGUACAAGGAUCUACGAGCCUCCAGACACCCCAGGGUACUUUGAGGGCCACGUGUGGCCCAUGUAUCUAAAGCACAGGAAAGAAAUGGAGAACAUCUCACGGGAAAUCGUUUACCUAGAUGGAACAAAAUCUGAAGAGGACCUCUUUUCACAAGUGUAUGAAGACCUAAUACAAGAACUAGCAAAGCAAAAGUGUCUGCAAGUGACAGCAUAGAGUUGGAAUGCACUGAAUCCUUCCUGGAGUGAAUUAGGACAUUCAAAGGAAGCUAUGCAAGAACCUUAACCAAGAUACAAUGUGUACUUUGGUAUGAUGACAGCCUGUUGUUUUGUUUAUUUGUUUCUCUGUUUGUUCUAUCACACAUGAUUUCCUUAACACAUGGAAAAGUGAGUAGUUAUCCAUGACAAUGGACAGGAAUUUACUUUAACUUUGUUCUCACUCCAGGAAGUACAAGACACAGCAUAGCUCACAAAGAGUGAGUCAGUUUCUCUAGACCAGUGAUUGUCAAACUCUUCUGAAUGGGACCCGGAGUAAGGAAUAAGAUAUAGAUCACAAUCCAGUAUAUAUGUAAUCUAUUGAUGUGUGUGUUUGUGUGUAUGUAUCUAUAUGUGUUGCGUGUAUCAUAUCAAGAAUUAUAAAAUAUUUACCUCACAUACAAUGUACUCUUGAUAUUUCUCUAUUUUUAAUUUUUUAAAAAUAUUGGUUACCAUCCCAUACCAAUGCCCACCUCCUGCAAAUAAAGGGAUUACCAGGAGUAGUCAUAUUGGUAAUCAUAUUGAAUAAAUCAACAAUUUGCCAACAGUA